GGAGAAAAUAGAGUUCCCAAAAUGACAAAACUCAGCAUUGACUUUGUGGAUGUCUACGUGUAACUGUCUGAAGAAGGGUCUUGACCUGAACGGUCACCUAUUCCUCCUCUGCAGAGAUGCUGCCUGACCUGCUGAGCUACUCCAGCACUUUGUGUCUCUCUUCAAUAUGUAACUUGGCUGGGCAAGCGCAGAACUCGAGGGGUUAACUUUCAGACAAACAUUGAAACUGAAAGUAAGUGAUUUCCUGGAAUCCACGUUCUUCCUUUCGGACCUUGCUCUGCACUGUUGGGGCGAGGCAGAAUGGCGGCUGCAGGCUUGACGGAAGAAUUGACCUGUGCGGUGUGUCUGAGCUUGUACCAGGACCCUGUGGCACUGCCCUGCCAGCACAGUUUCUGUGCCAAAUGUAUCAGCGAUGCCUGGGACCAUUCAGUGACCAGGUUUGGGGUCAACUGUCCUCAAUGUCGCAGAAACUUCAACCCCAGGCCCAGCCUGGAGAAGAACCACACUCUGAGGAACAUCGUGGAGAUGUACAGCCGGAGCCAGCCCACUGCCCCUGCUGCCCGGCCCAGUCUCGUGAUGUGUGAGUACUGUAUCGACAGCCCAUCCCCGGCUGUGAAGACGUGCCUCAAAUGUGAAACCUCCUUCUGCUCCCACCAUCUGCAGCCGCAUCUGACCAAGCAGAUCUACAAGGACCACGGGCUGAUCGAGCCCAUUGCCGACUUCACCACCAGGCAGUGCCCAACUCAUAAGAAGAUCAUUGAGUUCUACUGCGAGCAGGACGAGGAGUGUGUGUGCAUGUCCUGCACUGUCAUCGGGAAACACAAAUCCCACUCACUACUGACUCUGGAGCAGGCAAAGGUCAAAAUCAAGGGGAAACUCCAGAGCGAGGUCGGGAAUCUUCGUGAACGUCAGGCCGAUUGCACAAAGAAACAGCUGAGCCUAAAGCAACAAGAAAGUGAAAUAAAGAGAGACAUCAAGGAGAUGAAGAAAAAACUGUCGACUGAGUUCUCCGGAUGGAGGAAGCAAUUGGAAGAAGAUGAGAAGACUGUACUGAAGAUGAUCGAUGAUGAGGAACACCGAGUGCUCUCCCGCAUCAAGAGCGAAUCUGACUCGUUGGUAGAAAAUAUGAAUAAUCUUCAACUAAUGGACAAGGAAUGCCAAGACCAUGAUCAGAAGGAUGCUCUCUCCUUUAUUCAGGACGUGAAGCAACUCCUUGCGAGCUGCUCACAGUUUGGCAAUAUCACACUGUCCCCAAACGUCGCUUCGUAUGUAAACUACAUGGAUUCAUCCUACGUGGGAUCAAAUCCAUACUACAACCAGACUGACAUGAGUGAGACAGAGAUGUACAAUUGGACCUACAAUUGUGGUAAAAUAGGCUCUUUGAAUCAAAGUCAAUCCUUUCAACCUGUUGCUAGAAACACGACAUCUCAGGGUAUCCGCGUGGACCGGUCCACCAUCAGGGCUUCUAUCCAAAUGAAGAUGAACGGAUAUCAAAAGUACCAAAGAAGCAUCCUGGAAACUAUCAAUGGAAAAUCUCCUCAGGUUACCGAUUGGAUGAACUUAUAGAAACAUAUAUAGAAACAUAGAAUAUAGAUG